AUGCCUUCCUUCCGCGCAAACUACAUGCCGACCGUCAUCCAGUCGAAGCCCUCCAGCCCCAAGAAGGGGGGAGUGUUCUUCCCCAAGGAUCCCGUGGCCUCCAUCUCACGUCCAGUCAACACAACCGAGUCCUGGGCAGCCCACGACUUCGAGAUGCACGCUAGCAAGUGCGUCUACUGCCACGACCCGUACGAGGUUCACCGCAACCGUGAGCAGCUGUGCGACGCCGGUCACCGACUUGCUCAAGAGGUCGCCAAGUACAUCUACAACAAGUCUGACGGAGCAACAUACUCCACCAUCGAGGAAGGCAGCAAGCUCAUCCGAGUAGAGGUUCCAGCCGGCUACGUCGAAGUCAGUGGACUGUUGAAGGCUAUCGAACGCAGCCUACGCCACCGAACACGCAAGCCAUUUGUCUCUAUGGACCGCAGCUACUACGUCGCCCCUCGUGCCCCAACUCUCCCCUCGCGAUCGCGAUCCGUCAAGGUCGAGCAAGAGCCAAGAACCAAGACAUCAUCACGACCACGAUCAGGCGAGAUCGUCGAUUGGCCAGAGAAGCCAAAGACUCAGCCCAAGCCCAGGGCACUCGCAGAGAUCACCAACUCUAUGAACGCAAAGCGGGGCUCGCUCUAUGAGGAGGACUUGGCUAAGCAACGACGCAACGCAAAGCGUUACAGUGUGGAGGUCAGGGAGCCCACUCAACAUGACCUGCGCGAACACCGUCUUGCCGGCUACUACCGAUGA